AUGAAGAGACGCUCCUGCGAUCGCUGCUACACAAUCAAGGUCAAAUGCCAGCCCGGGCGCAAUCGGGAAGCAUCCACGUGUCGUCGAUGCGAACGACUCGGCCACAAGUGCCAGACACUCCGCAAGAUCCGCCCCCCUGGUCGGAAGCCGCAGACAACUUCAACCUCACCAUCACCCAUAACUCGUCCAAAUAGCGAUGACUCGGGUAGAUUGCCAUUGCUCGUCCAUCCGCUACCAUAUCCUCGUCUCUCGAUCACUCUCCGCUCCGAGGAAGAGACAACGAUCCAAUUCCUCUUCUCAACUACAGCCUUCAUCUCCCAUUUUACCAUUGGACCUUCUUUUAGAAGCAAGAUGCGUCAUUCUCUGCACUCUCGAUUCCUGAUCUCCCCGGAGAACCUCUUGGAAGGGUUUCUGGCUUGCGCUGGCGAAUUUGCCCUUCUAUCGGGGCACCUUCAAAUACAAACACAAGCACAGAACAUGUCCCGCUGCGCGAUGGCGAUCCGCAAACUUCGUGCUCUAGACCCUCCAACAGAUUUGGCACAGGUCCGUUUGAUGUUGGCGUUGGGAACAAGUAUCCUCACCUAUGACCAAAUGGUGUCACCGGCUGCGGCAGCAUCGGUGUACGGCCAAGGCGCAUUCACGAUAUGCCGGUAUAUACUCUUUCAUGCAAAACCAUGGUAUGACCCACCCGGACCGCUGUCCCAACUGUCUGAGAUGGACAUUGAGAUGAAUUGUCUCCUAUACCUCGACACAGUGGAGUGUCUGAUCCACCGACGGAUGCCGGUUUUGCGACUGCGACUUCGGGACGGAUGUGAACUUGUGGUCGAUCGGUAUAUUGGGCUCUGUUACUCACUACUCCCGCUGCUCUAUGAUGUUUGUGUAAUUGGCGCGGAUUCAAGAAACAAGAAGCAUGCCUGGUUACGAGUCUGGGAAAAGGUCCGAAAUGCGGUCACGGAGUGGCAGCCUUCCGUCCCAGCCGAGUUUGCGGAGAUGUACACGUCCAAGGAAGUAAUCGGGAUGUUCGCUCAGGCGAAUGUUCACCGCCAAAUGGCACUGCUGGUACUACAUCGGCUGCGGUAUCGGUUCGGAGAAGAAGAUAUAGCGGCCAAGCUCUACUCGGAGUCGAUUCUUGCAGAAUCUGAAACCUGUUUACAGCUAUCAGGAGAAUAUCCGUUCCAGAUUGGACUUUCGCUUCUGGUCGCCGGCUUUGAGCUCUCUGAUAUCUCCCAGAGAGAGCAUCUGAUCAGGACGCACUUCGCUGCGGACCACGGCCUGUUUGCACAACCACAUAGUAGAAUGCGGAAUCUACUCGCUCUCGUUUGGACAGAGAAAGACGCCGGGGAAUAUGUCUCUUGGUUCGAUAUCAUCUCAAGCAAGACAUCUGGCUUCUGUAAUGUACCAUAA